UCCAGCGCCCCGCCAUGGCCGCCAGCGAGCCCGGGACGGUGCAGCCCAAGGCGGAGGAGCAGCAGAGCAUCGGGACGCGGGUGGCCAGCCUGCCCCUGGUGAGCUCUGCCUACGGCAUGGUCUCCACCGCCUACGCCUCCACCAAGGAGAGCCACCCCUACGUCAAGUCCGUCUGCGACGCCGCCGAAAAGGGGGUGAAGACGCUGACGGCGGCGGCGGUCAGUGGGGCGCAGCCCAUCCUCACCAAGCUGGAGCCGCAGAUUUCCACCGCCAAUGAAUAUGCCUGCAAAGGGCUGGAUAAGCUGGAGGAGAAGCUGCCCAUCCUGCAGCAGCCCACGGAGAAGCUUAUCUCGGACACCAAGCAGCUGGUGACAUCCACGGUGACGGGGGCCAAGGAUGUCCUGACCAGCACCAUGGCUGGGGCCAAGGACGCGGUGACCAGCCGGGUGACGGGUGUGAUGGAUAUGACCAAAGGGGCUGUGCAGGGCAGCGUGGAGCUGACCAAGUCGGCGGUGAGCAGCGGCGUCAGCACUGUCAUGGGCUCAACCGUGGGCCAGAUGGUGGUGAGUGGGAUGGGCUCCAUGCUGGAGAAGUCGGAGGAACUGGUGGACCAUUACCUGCCCAUGACGGAUGAGGAGCUGGCCAAGCUGGCCACGGCCGUGGAGGGCUUCGAAACGGAGCAGCAGAAGCAGCAGCAGAGCUACUUCGUGCGCCUGGGCUCCCUCUCGACCAAGCUGCGGCACCGAGCCCUCCAGCACUCCCUGGGCAAGCUGCAGAGCGCCCGCCACAGCAGCCAGGACGUGCUGACCCAGCUCCAGCGCACCCUCGACCUGGUGGAGCACCUCAAGCAGGGCAUGGACCAGAAGCUGCAGGGAGGGCAGGAGAAGCUGCAGCAGAUGUGGCUGGAGUGGAGCAAGAAGCAACCGGGCGGUGGCAAGGAUCUGGUGCCACCAGAGCCGGUGGAGUCGGGCACGCUGGCCCUGCUGCAGGGCUUGACGCAGCAGCUCCAGAGCUCCUGCCAGCCCUUGGUGUCCAGCCUGCAGGGCCUCCCUGCCAGCAUCCAGGACACGGCGGGGCAGGUCCGGCACAACGUGGAGGAGCUACGGGCAGCCCUCGCCUCCGCCGCCUCCCUCCAGGACGUGACCGGCAGCGUGCUGGCCCAAGCUCGUGCCCGUGCCACCAAAGCCCGUCAGCUGAUGGAUGAGCUGGUGGAGCACGUGGCCCAUAACACCCCCCUGACCUGGCUGGUGGGACCCUUUGCCCCCUCGGGCCAGCGCCUGGUGGACCUGGAGAUGCAGUAGCAUCCUCUGGGGUGGGGUGAUGUUGGUGUCCCCCCCCCAACCAAGCCUCGAUAGGAGCAUCUACUAACCCCUGCCUGGCCCACUUUGCCUAUAACCUUAGUGCCUGCCUGUACAAGGGACCCGUCCUGCCUGUCCCAAGUGCAGCUCUGUCCCUUGUCACCUGUGCCAGGGGCGUGUAGUAAUGUGCCUUGGUUCCCCCAAGUGCCUCUUGGGGUCACCUCCAGCCCCCGGCUGCAUCCCCCUUGUCCUCGGUGCCUUGUAGGCUCGGGCAUGGCUCGUGACGCAAUAAACUCUGGUUAGUUUUGCA